CCGCUGUUUCGCUGCGAGCUGUGCAGCCCAUCAUUUCAUCAUGGAAGAGCCAUCUGGCGCCAUGGGGUGCUUCAGCCAGCUGCUCCACAUGCCCCACGAAGUAUGUGCCGGGAUUGUUUGGAGUUUAGGCGUGGAAGACACUGCCAAACUGGCGUCCAGCUGCAAGCUCUUUGCUCAGGAGACGACUGAUGCAGAGCUGUGGUUUCAGCUUUUUCUACGAACUUGUUGGCCACCCUCGGGUGCGCUGCUGGCUUUUGCGGAGGGUACCACCACCCCAGUGGGCAUCGACUGGCGACAUAGGAUGCAAGUGCGCAUGGAAUCGACUCCCACCAUAGUGGUGGACAUGGGCCGAGGCUACACCAAAUUUACUGUAGCUCAUGGAGUACGGGGACGUUGGGAGAUGGAUGGAUGUCCACCGGAACUGGUGCAGCUGUGUUCAUCACCCACUCACCCACCGGAUUGUGAUCGCAACGAGCAGCUGAGCUACAUCCAUCACCGCUUGGAUCGCACCUUUCUGGAUGCUGCCACGGAUCCAAGUCAUCGGCUUCACAAGGCGGCACUGGGUCCCAGGAGCGAGCUCAAGGUUGACCAGUAUGCAGUCUAUCGGACACCAACAGCGGCCGGUGCGAAUUUGGUCUUGGUGAGGUUGCUGCAGCACUGCAAGGAGGAGAACCUGUGGAGCGUGGAGGCUGUGAAAAGGCGCUCAGAAAAGCCCUUCAAAGUGGGGCCAGAGGAGUUGACGCCAAUGAGGCGAGCACAUGAUUUGCCCAUUCUGAUUGGAGAACCCUUCGUGAUCACCGCCAACCGCGAUGCCAACUCCCAGUCCAGUUGGGACUCCCUGAUCCGGUCGCAACUUGGAAACAACCGCCCUGGAGCUGUGCAGGUGGUGUCGCAAGCACAGAUGGCCUUAUGGGCCCACGGCUUGGACCAUGGCAUCGUGGUGAACAUUGGACAGCAACAAACCAUCGCCAUGCCCGUGCUCCGAGGUGAGGUCAUUGCUUCUUGCUCCACGACGUGCAACAUUGGAAGCGCUGACUUAACACAGGUCAUGGUGUCGUUGAUGCAUAGAAAGGCCCCAUCUUUGGAUAGUUCUCUCAUGACUUGGUGUCGAGACUUGAAGGAGGAAUAUUGCUACGUGUCGCCCCCUGCUGGGAAUAUGACUUUGAGAGCUCGCUUAGCGGCUGGGGAUGACUUUGGCAUUCGGCCUGUACCGGUGGAGCUACCAAACUUUGCCCGAGGAGAGCAAAGCACGGUGGAGCUGGCUGAGGAGCGAGUGAUCGUGCCCGAAGUUCUUUUCGAGAGCAAUCGAGGACCACGGCAGACCUUGCCUCAGAUCAUUGUGGAGUGCGCCAGCAUGGUCCACUCCAAAGGUACGUACACACAGGAGGACGUCCGCGACUUGCUUCGGCAAGUGGUCCUGGUGGGUGGUGCUGCAGACUUUCCAGGGAUCCGUCCCCGUGUGGAGUACGAGAUGCGCUGCUUACUGCAGAGAGCCGAGAAUCAGCAGCUCAGUAGCUGCUGUGAAUCAACAGAUGAUGUUUAUGUGCUAAAUCCUCCACUGGAUCGUUCUUCCAAUCCCCUGGUGUCACCUCGAUUCGUGCCCUUGUUUGGUGGAUGUGUCCGCGCCGCCAGUUCAGCAGGCUACGGGGAGUUACAACGUGACAAGAACACUGGGGCACUUCGCAGCUUGCCCUUGCAGGCCGAGGAUUUGGAACCGGGCGAGGAUGGUGGGCUGAGACGGCGCCUCAUGUGGCAACGCCGGAUCUCUGGGAUGUUGGCGUUACAACUUCCAAAUAUCUUCCGAACUGGUGGAGGAGGUGGAGAAGACGAUCAAGUUUGGCAAGAAUUCUUUGAGAGUGAUGAAGAGAUGGGGGCUCCGGAUGAGUCAGCGAGCUUGGCUUGCUCAGAGGAGUCACCUCAAAGCCCAGACAACGCGUCCUCGUCUCACAGCCACGCCAGCCCCGCGAGAUCUGGCAGAUGCGCCACCAAAGGACGAGGCAAGGGCAAAGGAAAGCGGAAGGGUUCUGACGCCAGCCGCGGUAGAAGUCGCCGUAUUUGGCGCCCGGUGCCGGGCGCCCAGGGCGAUGAAGAAUGAGGGCCCCGUGUCGGGUUCCUUUGUGUUUAAAACGUGUUGCUGGGGGGCAGUGCACAACUUUAGAAGUGCGAGGAAUACAC